AUGGUCAAGAAGCGAGCGUCCAACGGCCGCAACAAGAAGGGCCGUGGUCACGUCAAGCCCAUCCGGUGCUCCAACUGCUCACGAUGCACCCCUAAGGACAAGGCGAUAAAGAGAUUCACGAUCCGCAACAUGGUCGAGUCGGCCGCCAUCCGUGAUAUCUCUGACGCCUCCGUCUUCCCCGAGUACACUGUCCCCAAGAUGUACUUGAAGCUCCAAUACUGCGUCUCUUGCGCCAUCCACGGCAAGAUUGUCCGUGUCCGUUCGCGGGAGGGCCGUCGCAACCGUGCCCCGCCGCCGCGGGUUCGGUACAACAAGGACGGCAAGAAGAUUACCCCCCAGCAGGCUGCCAAGACUGCUUAA